CUUGACGACAGUCAACAAUCUCGAUCGCAGAGUUGCAUUUACCUCUUUAUUUAUCAGAUAGACCUAGUUUCCAGGACUCAUUGGAGAAAAGUAAUCAGCCAUGCCAAAAGACAAAGAGAAAUCAAUUUGGGACAUCGCCAUUCUUGAGGCAGAACAGAAGCAUGCCACGGAAUCCAAAGAACAGGGUGGUGAAACAAAAGGCUCAGAGAAUCACAUCUUGUUUAUUGGCAGUAAAAAUGCAGGGAAAACAUCCAUUAUUCUCCGGUUCUUGGAGAAGGAAGAAGCGCCCAAACCCACGAUCGCUUUAGAAUAUACGUUUGGUAGGAGAGCCAAAGGGCACAAUAUGGUGAAGGAUAUUUGUCACAUCUGGGAGUUAGGUGGAGGAACAUUCCUAUCACAGUUAACAGAGAUUCCACUGUCAGAAGACACCAUCAUGUCCUCAUCACUCAUGGUCGUGAUGGACCUUUCCCAGCCCUAUGAGCUAUGGCACACAAUGGAGACCCUCAUCAAGGGUGCCUUGGACCAUGUGGAACAGGUCAUCUCAAAGGCGGCCAGAAAUGACCCCAAGAUUCAGGACAAGAUCAAAGAGAGAGCUUGGAAGAGGAUAGGAAUCGAUCACCCAGACAGAGACAUGUUAGAUCCAUUCCCGUUGCCCCUGGUGAUUGUCGGUACAAAGUAUGAUGUGUAUCAGGACUUCGACCCUGAGAAGAGAAAAGUCAUCUCUAAGACGUUACGGUUCAUUGCACACAACUACGGAGCAGCACUUCAGUUUUCAAGCAACAAGACUGAUGCUCUGAUGUCUAGGACGAAGAAUCUUGUCAGUCAUCUGGCCUUUGGAACAACUCUCAGCUUGAAGACUAUAUCUAUAGAUCCCAACAAACCAAUUUCAGUUCCAUUUGGACUUGAUUCAUUGGAGCAAAUAGGUUUACCACCUGUAGCAGAUGAUGAUCUUGGUAGAUCUAAUGCAAGGACACCGUUAGACCUUUGGAAGCAGGCAUUUACAUCAUACUUUCCACAGAAGAGUACAAUCAAAGCUAUUGUAGAGGAUCCAUCAAAGGACCCACAGUAUGCAGAGGCAGCGGUUGAUAACAUGAGAGAACAGAAAAACAAGGAGCUUGAGAGAUACAGAAAACAGGCUGAGAGAAGAGCAAAGGAGAACAAGACGGGUGGAUCUGGGGAAGGCACCCUGAGGUUAUGAUCAAUCUCAUUGAACGCAUAUAUCUAAUUCAGAUAAACCU